UUUUGUUACUCGACGCCUACCUGCAUCCGGAUGGCCGCAGUAGUGUUCCGAACUUGUAGAACUCACAAAACAGACCAGCCCGCAGACUCGGUGGAAUGGUGUCCACAUCCCGGCCGCGCGGAUUUGUUCGUCUGUGGCACCUAUCAGCUGCGGGAAGGCGAAUCUUCUCCAUACGAUAAACGGCGGGGCACUAUUUUGCUGUUUCGCUUCCGGGAGGACGACGAACCGUUACUGGAGGAGCUGCAUCGGGUGGAACGUUCAGCAGUGCUUGACCAAAAGUGGAAUCCUACGCACACGGAUCGCUUGGGAGUAGCCGGAUCCGACGGGUCGGUUGCGGUCUACAAGCUUGCCGGACCGGAUGUGGAUGACUUGGAAGUGACGCUAGAGCAGGAACUAACCGAACGAUUAUCGCCAGAGGAGGAAGGUCACACUUUGGCACUCUCACUGGAUUGGAAUGGUGGCGGUACCCGACUCCUUGCCACAGAUUCGAGUGGUUCGGUAAACCUGUUCGGCUACGAUCGUACCCUCGAGCGACUUCACCGUUGGAAGGCGCAUGAUUUCGAAGCGUGGACCGCAGCCUUUAGUCGCCACAAUGCACACAUCGUGUACACUGGUGGAGAUGAUAGUAUGCUCUGCGCCUACGAUGUACGUUGUCCCGAUGAGCCAGUGUUGUCGCAACGCAACAAGAAGCAUGAAGCAGGCGUUACUUCGCUGUUAUCGUAUGUCCAGCGAGAGCACAUUUUGCUAACGGGUUGCUACGAUGGUAAGGUACGGCUCUUCGAUGAACGACGAAUAGGUGCAUGCCUGGCCGAGGUGCCGCUCAUCGGGGGUGUAUGGCGAAUGCGGAGCAAUCCACGUGACCCAAAACGUAUUCUGUGUGCCUGCAUGUACGAGAACUUUAGCCUUAUCGAGUUGCGCGAUGAGCUUGAGGUGGCAAAAAUCGGCGAAUACGGUCUGCACGAGAACAUUUGCUACGGAUGCGAUUGGCAGCAGGCCACAGAUACGGGAGUUGCAAAAACCUACGUCGCAACCUGCUCGUUCUACGACAAAAUGCUGUGCGUGUCCGAGGUAGUGAAUGGUUUUGAAUAAACUGUGAAGACGGAUAUUUAAAAAACGAG